AUGGAUAAUUAUGCUGUAGCGGCACUCGCCCAUGUCCGCAUCCUGCUUGUACCAAUAGGCUCGAUUUCCAAGAGGACUUUCGACCAAUGGGCAGCCGAAAUUCGCACCAUCGACACUCUGAGACUAAGCGAUAUACCGCCUGGGACGAAGGAUGAGAAAGCACGGUUCAUGCCGAGUCCGAAGUCCAAGGGCUACAUCCAUCUCAACUACCCGAGCCAUCCGCCGCCUCCCAGCCACUUCAAUCUCUCAAUGUUCCGACCUUCCCUCUUUCCCCUCGGCGUCAUCGGUAUUGCUUCGUGCUCCCGUUCGGACUCUCUCACCUCCAUCCUCGCCGAGUUCAAUGCCGUCAUGAAGGAGAUGUUCCCCUCAGAUUCCAUAUACCCUCUGGCCCGGAAUUGCUUCAUCUUCGAGGAGGACGACGGUUCAACGAAUUUGAAUCUGGGCGACCUGCUACCUGGGCUUGUCGUCAUCCCAAGCGCGAUGGGCAACAAGAAAGAGAACAUCGAGACGCUUCUCGCUGACCUCUGUUCGAAUCUUCUGGGAGAGUUCUCAACGAUCAUAGGUACCCUGGAGACACCAUUAGGCAAUGAGUUCCUCAAUGCGGGGAUGUUUCCCAGGAUGCCUCUGCCGUCGGAAUUGCCCAAACCACUGGAUGACGGAGCUACACCUGGCCCAUUACCAUCGCACAAUAGUCAGCCAGAACUCUCUGCAGUGUCACGGCGACAAUCCUUGAUGCCCACCCGAACUGCAUCUACUGGACCUAGCUUAUCCCCCGUCACCUCGAAUCGGCAGUCAACCAUGGGCGUUCCUGGUCCCCGUAAGAGCGUGAUAGGCACUGCAUCUUCACACGGUCGAUUAUUCAAAGUUCUUGGAGACCUCUUUCUACUAUCUGGGAGGACUGAAGACGCCAGUAUAUGGUAUACAGAAGCCAUCGCGCUGUUCAAAGCUCAUCCCGAUAACGUAUGGCACGCCGCUGCCCUGGAGGGUCAAGCUACCGUCAGCAUCCUGGACCUGUGGACAAGCAGUCAAACCGUAGCUCCGGCUCCGGCAACUGGCAUUGGUGAUCCGUGGUCUGGUUUGAUCGAGAAGCUUGAGCAAGCAACAGCGCUCUAUGCGAAAGCGGCUCCCACCUCCGACGAUGCCAGCACCUACUCCCUCCUUUCCUACUCGUAUUGCCUCUCCACGGUACGGCAUGCGUCGUUACUCGCCGCGAUCUGGUCUGCAAAAGGCUGGGGCCAAUUUGCAUGGUCAAUCAUGCUGAAUCCGUCUCGUGCACCGCCAUUACCACACGCGUCCACACCAGCAUCACGGCUAGAGCGUGACAAAUUGUCCAUCCUGUCCACCGUCACCCGUGCAUCAAUUGGCGAUGCGUUAUCAAAUGCGCACGGACCAUGGCUAUUGCAUCUUGGGCAUCGAGAACGAAUAUCGAUGCUGGAGAAACUUGCGUCUAUGUAUGCGGCGCUUGGCUACCAUCGAAAGGAGGUGUACCUUCUGCGCGAGGUCAUCGGGUGUAUCAUGGACCUUGUCGUUGUCGGCCGCGCCGAAAGCCAAAUGGCAUCCAACGGCGGUUAUGACUCCCAAAUCACCGACUCUCCUCGCUCAACACACGCUCUCGAUGCACCUUACCUUGCCGUACGGGAGAACGAGCGUGCAGACGGCAACCGGAGUAUCAUCUCGCUCAUACGCUACAUCUGCAAGAUGCACGGUAUCGACCUCGAAGCAGUCAGGCUCGUAGAUCCGUUGUCUACUGCGGAUGAGGCGGAUGCAUCGCUUGAGGAACAGCAGAGCUUGGAGGACCCGACGGGAUGGCCUGAGUUACAGGUCGGCAUUGUGAGAGAGGCUUUGGCUGUUGCCGAAGCUUUACCAGAUCCAUCGGCUGUGGCACAGUUCUCUUUCUCCGCCUUGAAGUCGCUCUACUCGGUCUUGACCAACGAUGACCAGUACACGAUAUUCAUGUCCGCAUCACGAGCGCUCACCGCUGCACAUCGACGAGGCGACCAGCGCAUCGUGGAGUACUGGUCCGGUCAACCUAUCGUGAGCAUUGAGAUGAUACCCGCGCCAAACACAAGACAAGUCGUCGAGAAUCCAGUGUCACUGCUCGCUCAUAGCAAACCCGGAGAAACCACCGUAGUCGCGCCCGCGCGGGAUCCGUUCCUGUACAAUCCACGACGAUCUCUACUUGCACAAGGAAAGACGCUAGUGGUCGAGGGAGAGCCCCUCGAGUUCAUCGUGACCCUGUCAAAUCCAUACGUAUUCGAUCUCGAGCUUCAGAAUCUCACGCUCAGCACAUCUGGCGUACCCUUUACUGCGUACCCCACUCAAGUAACCAUCCCACCCUUAUCCCACCAUAAUGUCACACUGCAUGGCUCACCCGCCGAGACGGGCAUUCUCACCGUGCGCGGGUGUAUCGUGCAAGCACCCGGCGGCGCGCCGCGUGAGUUUGUUCUACCCCUCUCAACUCCGGAAGAGGACGACCGUGCAGCCCGUCGACGGAGUUCGAUUCUUCUUGAACGAGACCGGACAAAGUUUACUGGUAUUGGGUCAGGAGAGAAGAAGCGGGCGAGCAUCACGACUUCGAGUACGGCCUCGGCAUCAAAGGGUCCGAAGAAGUUCUUGGAGUGCAAGGUCGUGCCGGAGCAGCCUGCUAUCCGAAUACGAUGGAGUUCACUUGCCCAUGGCGCGCUCAUGCUGUACGAUGGGGAGAGGUCAACAGUUCGGCUAACACUGGAGAACGUGGGAACGUUACCAGUUGACCUCUUGCGGUUGACAUUCGACGACAACACCAUCGCACCUGCACAAGCUGCCUUAUCUGAAGGCGACCUGUCCGUCUUUGAGGCCUAUGAAACCGAGUUCGCCCUCGUACAUCGACCGGCAUUCACCUGGAACGCUUCCGAGCAUGAAGGGCGGGUGAUUGCACCAGGCGCAAAGGAUGUCGUGGUCGUAACAUGUACUGGCAAGGUCGGCUGCAUGAGCGGCACGGUCAACGUUGCAUAUGGCUACGUGAGCCGUAAACAAAGCAACCUCGUCCAACCUUCCGAGGUCUUCCAUACGCGCUCGUUAUCAUACCCGGUCCUUGUCACCGUGUACCAGAUGCUCGAAUGCUGGGCGAUGGAUGUCCUCCCGUUCACUCCUUCGGAUGUUGAUCUUGGUGGUCCAGAGACCGCGUGGAAGACGCUUGUGCGGGAUGCGGAGGAGGAGGGGUGGUGUUUGUUCUCCGUCGACGUACGGAACACGUACGGGUUGCCAUUUGAGGUCACAUUCGAGCGUCUGCAAGAGGGAACACCUCCGGCUACUACCACAAGUAUUGUACCGCCCGGCUCAACCACGCGUAUCCUAUUACCCCUUAAGAAAUUCCUUCUAUCCGAGGAGCACGUGUCAAGACCAAUACCCACGCUCUCGGAUCGACAAUUCGUCGUCGACAAAACCGGCCUUUCAUCUGCUGCUGCCCGCGCACAGCGCGAGCUCUUCUGGUACCGCGAGGCGCUACUGGAGACCAUUCGCGCGCGAUGGCGAGAGGUGGGGAGCAGUGGGCGCGCUGGCGAGUUGUCUCUCAGGCAACAGAGGAUCACUUAUCCGAUGUUGGAGUGUUUGCGGACGGAGACGACGAGGGUUGGGAUGUCACUAUGGUUGAGGGAAGACGAGGAGUGGAAGGAGUUGCCGAGGAGAGAUGGCAAGUUCAUGCCGCCACCCAACGAGUUCGUAUACGUUCGGCUUGAGGUGGAGAACAUGUCGCCACAACCUUUGUCUUUGACGUUGGACCUCAACGUCGAGCCAAGCGAGUACAUCCUGUUUGACGGUUCCCUCACGGAAGUCCCAUUGGGACGCUUAGCACCAGGCUCUCGCGCAGAUGCCGAGCUGGCUGUUUGCUUCAUGGCAUGUGGGCGCUUCACUCUGGAGGGCUCAGCACGCCUCAUGGGGGCGCCACCAGAGGAAGCGCGCGUUGGUCUCGGGACACUGAACGUUUUGGUGGAGGACUUGUAG